AUGCGAGACUUCGUGGCGCAAGACUUUCCAGGAACACUCAUCUCAAAGCAAACAAUCAGUCGCCACCUUCUCGGUAUGCUCUAUACCGUGAAACAAGUUCGCAUCGAACCAUCCACGUGCAACAGCGACACAAACAAGGCCAAACGAAAAGAAUUUGCCGAAACUCUCGUCCAACAUCAGCGUGACGGUAACUUUAUUGUCUACUAUGACGAGACCAACUACAACAUCUACUGUCAUCGCUCUGUUGGACGGUCUAAGCAAGGCUCUCGUGCCUGUUUGGUGCUUCCGCCAUCGAAAGGGCCCAACCUGCAAAUCCAAUGUGCUGUGUCGCCUGACGUUGGUCUGGUCUGCUAUCGCAUGGAGCGUGGAAGCAUCAAGAUGGAGCAGAACGCAGCAUUUGUCGAAGAAGUUUGUCGAAGAAGUUUACCGUGCAUCGAAGAACUCGCCAGCAAGAUCGUGAUUGUUUUGGACAAUGCCCCGGCGCACUCUCAAACGGAGCAUCGUGUUGCGGCGCACGAGGACAUGACUUUGCUGCGUCUUGGUCCCUACUCUCCAAUGUUGAAUCCCAUCGAAAGUUGCUUCAGUGUGCUGAAAGCACAUAUUAAGCGCUUUCUUGCCGAGCGGACGAACUUACUCUUCGAUCGUAGGGAGUUUCAUUCGUACCUUGAAAGCCGCAUGCGACUGCUCGAAGAAGCUACCACGGAAAGCCUCCCCUGCAUCACUCAAUCUUUAGUGAUUCGCGAAGCGAUGUUUUGCCAACGCAAUGUCGAGAAGGCGUUGAAUUUGGAGAAUAUGUCCUAUGGAACGUAG